GGGGUGAGAAAAGGAGCACCUUGUUCAUUCCUGAUUCCCUUUGCUGCAAUGAGCGUAUAUGAUUCAUGUUCCUAGUAAACUCAGACCUUGCAUUUUUUAUGCGUAGAAGGCUUGAAAAGUUGACGCCUUUAGGAAAUUCGAGGGAUGAGUUUCUCAGUGGCAGCUUCAUUGGGUACUCAUAUUGCACUGAGAAACACUCAUGAAGCAAGAAUCAAGUGCCUCUUUAUGUACAAAAGAGAAGAGAACAAUAAAAUUGGUUUCAAGUUCUCAAAGCACAAGGUCGUUCAAAGCAAAAUUUCUCUAAGCAAGCAAGAGUUCAGUGAGUUGGAUGAGAGGAAGAGCCCAGAUGAGGUUAGAGAAGAGAUUAAAAAAUGUUAUGAACUCAUAAACAGAUUAGGGAGAGGAGCUGUGUAUCUGGGUUCUUCAAGGAUGGGACCCAGCCAUUCACAUUACAUGCAGGCACAAGAGCUGGCUAAAGAGAUAGCAAAUCUUUUGGACUGCACUACUUGGUCAGGGGCUGGACCAGGGCUAAUGGAUGCCGUUACUCAGGGUGCUAUGCUAGCAGGAAAACCGGUUGGUGGAUUCAAGAUAGGAAAAGAAGCUGGUGAAUGGACAGCAUCUAAUUUUCAUCCGUACUUACCAUCAGAAAAUUACCUCACCUGCAGGUUUUUCUCUGCAAGGAAGCAUGGGUUGGUGGAUGCUGUAGUGAGGAACAAUUCAUUUGAUAAGACUGCUGUGGUUGCCCUUCCUGGUGGGGUUGGUACUUUAGAUGAGGUGUUUGAGAUGCUGGCAUUGAUUCAGCUGGAACGGAUUGGAUCAAAGCUUCCUAUUCCCAUGCUCUUGAUGAACUAUGAUUCAUUUUAUUCAAAGCUGCUUGACUUUUUGGAUGAUUGUGAGGGUUGGGGAACGGUCUCUAAAGGCGAGGUUGCAUCAUUGUGGAAGGUUUGUAACAGCAACUCAGAAGCUUUGGCGUACCUAGAAGAAUUCUAUGGCAUUUCUUCUAUUGACAAAAGUAAGAAUGUAACUAAAUUUCAUAGCACGUAUGGAUCACCCUCAUAAGAUUUUUUUUACUUUUCUUUUCUUGCUGAACUACUGCAAUAUUACCAGUUUUUUUGUUGACA